AUGGCGAGUAGGCUUGGAGAAUCGACAAACAGGGAGCCCCCAAACCCAGAUGCUGGACAUUUCGAGUGUAAUAUUUGCUUCGACUUGGCUCAGGACCCGAUUGUCACACGAUGUGGUCACCUCUUUUGCUGGCCUUGCCUUUACAAGUGGCUUCAUAUCCACUCUCAGUCCCAAGAAUGCCCAGUUUGUAAGGCCCUCAUUGAGGAGGAGAAGCUAGUUCCUUUAUACGGCCGAGGAAAGAACUCGUCUGACCCUCGCUCUAAGUCAUUUCCAAUAGAUAUUCCACAUCGUCCAAUGGGACAGCGCCCUGAGACAGCUCCUUCGCCAGAUCCAAAUGCUAAUGCUUUUGCACAGCAAGGAUUUGGGCACCUCAGGGGGUUUGCACCUAUGGCUUCUGCAAGGUUCGGGAACUUCACAUUAUCUGCAUCACUAGGGGGUCUAUUUCCCUCGUUUUUCAACGUUCAAGUGCAUGGUUUCCCUGAAGCGAAUAUGUAUGGACCUGGCCAUGGUUAUCCUCAUGGGCAUUUUAAUAUGUUGUAUGGUGGACAUGCUCAUGGAUUCCACCGGCCUGGAAAUCAACAGCAGCGAGCAGAUUUUACCCUGAAGAUUCUCUUGUUGUGUGGGGAUAGUGUUGAGGAUGUAGGUGGUGGAAAGGUGGUUGAAGGAAUUGGAUUUUUUGACGGGGGAGAAGUGGUUGGAGUAGGAGGAGGUGGAGGUGGUGAUGCGAUGGGAGCAGUGGCGGUUUGUUUUGCUAGAGGAUGGUUUAGGGAUGGAGAGGGAGAAGUGGUGGUUGUGGAGGCAUCGUUAGCAAAGGGUUGCAAUGGUGGUGGUCGAUGGUUGGUGGAUGUGGUAGUCCAUGGUGGUGAAAGUUAUUUUAGGUUUGGUGUUUAG